GCACAUAGUAAAAACCGAAGGCCCCAAGGCUCUGUUCAAAGGACUGGUGCCCAACAUCGUGGGCGUCGCUCCGUCUAGAGCCAUAUACUUCGGUGCUUACGCACAGUCCAAAAAGUUUUUCAACACCGUACUUAACCCGGAUACACCGGUUGUACACGUACUAUCGGCGUCCUUUGCAGGUUUUGCUUCGUGUUCAGCAACCAAUCCUAUUUGGCUAGUCAAGACUAGGCUACAGUUAGACUUGAACAAAAACGGGAAAAGACUCACCGCCGGUCAAUGUAUCAAAAGGAUAUAUAGAUCUGGGGGCAUAAAAGGUUUCUACAAAGGUAUUACAGCUUCGUACUUUGGAAUAUCUGAAACAGUAGUGCAUUUUGUCAUCUACGAAGCAAUCAAAGCGAGACUGAUAGCUGCCCGUGUUGGACUAAACGAAUCGGAAGACAACACUAAAUCAUCCAAAGACUUUCUUGAGUUUAUGAUGGCUGGAGCCAUUUCCAAAACUGUUGCUUCGUGCAUCGCUUACCCUCACGAAGUUGCUAGGACCAGACUCCGAGAAGAAGGAACCAAAUAUCGAAGUUUCUUCCAGACAUUAUUAACAGUUUACAGCGAGGAGGGUCCCAGGGGAUUGUACCGUGGUCUAACCACACAACUAGUUAGACAGAUACCUAACACAGCCAUUAUGAUGGCAACAUACGAGGCUGCUGUUUAUUUGAUGACUAAAUAUUAUUGUCCUAAUGAGGCUGUAUUUUACGAAGACAGCGAUGAUCGAUACGAGUGAUAUAUAUAUAUUGUCCAUAUUAAUUUAUUAUGGUAUAGCUGAUCUCAACGUAUCGCGAACUGAUUUUUAGUUAUUUUGAUGUAGUCAUUUGUAUGUAGACUACCCGAAUAUUUGCUCCAUUUACUCUUGAAAAAUCUGCGCACACAAACCAUUGAAGAGUAUGAGCCUCAUAUAUUUAACAUGUGAUAUUCCAACAGUUUUUUUUAUUUCGUACAUCAAAUUUUCUCAUCUCGCGUUCGUUUCCCUCCUCUUUUAUGCCUUCCUAUUAAUUUUCUUUUUUAUAUUUACAAUAACAGAUUACUUAUAAUUUAUUAGUUAA